AUGGCGGCGAGUGAGCUGGACACGGCCCAGCAGCAACUUGAUGAAAUUGAAGCCCUUUCAUCCAUCUAUGGUGAUGACUGGUGUGUUGUUGAUGAAGAUGAAAAAAUCUAUUGCAUUAAGAUCAGUGACUGUCUGGAGCAACCUAAAUGGACCCUCUGCCUGCAGGUAGUUUUGCCUCCAGGAUACCCAACUGCGGAACCGCCUAUUUAUCAACUAAAUGCCUCUUGGCUUCGAGGACAAGAUUAUAUGGAACUAGCAAAUAGCUUGGAAGAAAUAUACAUACAGAACCUUGGUGAAAGUAUUCUUUAUUUAUGGGUGGAGAAGAUACGAGAAGUUCUGAUAGAAAAGGCACAGUCAUCAGAUCAGAUCCAGGUACUUAAGAAAAUUAAAAACAUCUGGAAGUGUUUUGUUAAUUAUCUUCUGUUAGCAGAACCAGAUAAUAAGAAAACCAGUGAAGAAGUUGAUGAAGAUAAUGAAGAUGAUUUUCUCCUGGACUACCAGCCAGUUGAGGAAGAAUCAGUUAAAAUGUUAAAUUUUAUUACAUCUGAAAGCCAAGAAGACGAAGAACUGCCAUUGAUACAACAUGGAAACCCAAUCACAGACCGAAGAAGCACCUUCCAGGCACAUUUGGCUCCUGUGGUGACCCCAAAACAAGUAAAGAGAGUUCUUGAAAAAUUAUAUGAGAAUAAGAAAAUUGCAAGUGCUACCCACAACAUAUAUGCAUACAGAAUAUACUGUGAAGAUAAGCAGACCUUCUUACAGGAUUGUGAAGAUGAUGGGGAGACAGCGGCAGGAGGACGUCUUCUUCAUCUUAUGCAGAUUUUGAAUGUCCACAAUGUGUUAGUUGUGGUGUCUCGCUGGUAUGGAGGUAUUCUGUUGGGACCAGACCGUUUUAAGCACAUCAAUAACUGUGCAAGAACAAUCCUUGUGGAAUGCAACUAUGUGCAUUCAGUGGAAGAAUCAUCUAAACAGGUGGGAAAGAGCAAAAAGAUAAAGAAGGACAACAAGAAGAGAACGGAACAUUAA